GCUUGUAACUAUAAAUUAUUGUCUUCAGGACAAUUUUUAGAAGUUUUUUUUAAUGUCACGUUCAGAAUUUUACAUUGGUGGGAUCUCCUCAGAUGAGAGGCGAAUUUGCAGAGCUUGUUUGUGGGUGCUAUUAAACGUGUUGACGCUGCUGUUUUGCGGGCUUGUUCCCGUGUACAGUACUGACUGUGACCCCAACCCUUGUAAGAAUGAGGGGACCUGUGUUGUUGUAGAUGGGCUUGCUCAGUGCAACUGUCUUCAUGGGCUCAGAGGAGAGACUUGUGAAGAUAUAAAAAUGGAUGUUGAGUGUGAGCAGACCUACAUAAAAGUACUAAUUAUAAAGGAUUACUUUGAUUGGAAAAAUGUAAGCAUGGACUCUGUACAGUUGGCUGAGGAUGCCUGCAAAGCUGCAAUAGAAGUUGUAAAUGGAGAAGAAUACUACACUAUCACUAUACACCACAAUAAUUACUCCAGUUGUGGUACUGUUGUGCUGAGUAAUGCUACCCACAUUAUGUAUAUUAAUGAACUGGAGACUCGACAUGCAACAGGUAUCAUCACCAGGCUUCCUUCUGAAGCAAUUGACUUCACUUGUGUGUACUACCGUGAAAGGACAGUGCAACUUGCAUUUCCAAUACAGCCAAAGACUACAGUUGCAGUACUACAUGUGCAGGAAGGAGUAGUCACCAUAUCAAUGGCUCUCUAUGAAAGCGCCAAGUAUGAGACUGCUUAUGUGGAACUGCCAGUUAUACCUUGGUCGGAGAGAUUGUACAUCAGUUUGAAGAUUGAACCUGGAGAGCAGAACUUCUUUGUCUUGACUAUAAAUGAUUGUUGGGCUACGCCAACCAAAGAUCCCGAUGACUUGCCUCAGUAUUACCUGAUAAAGAAGGGAUGUCCUACUGAUGAGACUGUGCAGUAUCACAAUCAAAUUGGAAAUGAGACAACAGGCAACUUCAGUAUGCAAAUGUUUCGAUUUACCAAGCAUCCUGUGGUGUUCCUGCAUUGCAGAACUGAAAUUUGUGUUCCUGACAGUCUGGAGCCUUGUAUGAUUGAAUGUCUUGGCCAAUCAUCACAGAAAACCAAAAGGGAAACCCAUAACAACUAUAGAGGGUUGUUGACUUAUGGACCUAUUCAUUGGACCCAUCCAAAGUCACAUCUGCCUGAAGGUCGCAAGUCCAAUCUUGUGCUUGCUACCAUUCCAGGCAUAAUUGUGAUAUCUUCAAUGGCAUUCCUUGUCCUUGCAAUUACUUUGGCUAAAGUAAUGAGAACAUAAAGUCAGCUGCUUGUCCUGCAAAAUUUACAAACUGAAUAAAGGCAUCAAUACAUAACUAAAUGUGUGACAA